AUGAAUAUUAACGAACCUCGAAAGGGGGGUGGCUUCGUGCUGCCUUUCGUAAAUACUGGCGAACGAAAUCGUCCAAGUUCUAUGAAAUCAAACCGCAUCCCAUUUCUCAGAUGGGUACCUGAUGAUGUGAGUAAAUUGCUAUUGGCACCAGAAUUACAAUUGACAUAAUCCAGGCGCGCAAUCACUUCGUUGCUACAAGCGCAGAAUAUACAGGCACAACUCUGUUUCUUCUCUUUGCGUUUUCUGGAACCCAAGUAGCCCUGCUAGCAUCGCCACCGAGUUCUGAAAAUACUGCUGGCGCUCAGAGCAAUCCUUCACAACUCAUGUAUAUCGCGCUGAGUUUUGGAUUCUCUCUGGCAGUCAAUGCAUGGGUGUUCUUCCGAAUCUGUGGCGGGCUCUUCAAUCCAGCUGUAAGUGAUUCUUCCAAAUGGUUGGACUCGCAAUUGACAAGAUUAGGUUACCUUGGGAAUGUGUCUGGUUGGCGCCCUUCCAUAUACCCGUGGGGUGUUUCUCGUAGUGGCUCAACUCUUGGGUGGUAUCACAGCGGCGGCAAUUUGCUCAGCGAUGUUUCCUGGGCCACUUACCGUGCGAACAAGUCUUGGGGGAGGGACUUCUAUUGCUCAGGGGCUUUUUAUUGAGAUGUUCUUGACUGCCGAGUUGGUUUUCACCAUUUUCAUGCUCGCAGCGGAGAAACACAAAGGGACUUUUAUUGCGCCUAUUGGCAUCGGGCUUUCCCUAUUCAUUGCUGAGCUUACUGGUGAGCUGGAAAUACAUAGGUCGUGCAAAUUUUAUUGGAGCUAAUUCUCCCCUAGGUGUAUACUUUACAGGUGGCUCCGUUAAUCCCGCACGUUCUUUUGGUCCUUCGGUGGUAGAACGUUCAUUCCAGACAUACCACUGGAUAUACUGGGUUGGCCCGAUUCUAGGUUCCCUGCUUGCGUCCGGUUUCUAUAAAUUCAUCAAGAGACUAGAAUAUGAAACCGCCAAUCCAGGACAGGAUCACGAUCAUCUGGACAGCCUUCGUUCCCGUGUAGCUUUCACGUCGGUAGACUACUCCAUGGAGGAAGGGACGGCGAAAGAAAUGGCGAACGGCAGGAUUGGAACACCCAGAGAAUACGGAAGUGGGCACAGGCCUUACAGCAAUUCUCCUGCCCCGCCUCACCCCAACGAUCAGUUCACCGGCUUGCGCGAUGGAGGAAUGCAUGCGACUGACAUUGUCCAGCCAAGACGUGCAAGUACAAGUGCAGCAAGUAGUCAUACUCUCGAUGGCAUUGCUUCGAAUACCAGUACACUUCACAAUAACACCACCAUUUUUGAUAUCUCACCCGCCAGUUCUUCCUCACCUGGUAGUCCCAAAGCUCAAAAACCUGGUUCCGACGGGAGUAAGGAAACUGGCAAUACCACGGGCCCGACAACAACCAAUGGGGCCGCUGCAAUACGAAAGAGUUCCAUGAAACCUGGGUCCCAUGGUAUUCAGGAGCCGGGACAGGAAAGAAGUGUAAAGGAGACUACUUAUAAUAAUAGGAAUAUGAUUAAUAGUCCCAGGGACUCGGUUUUCUUUUGAUAAGGAUUAGGUCACGUUAGGGACGUGUUUAAUAAGUG